ACACGACGAUACAGACGAUACCGAUAACACGGUAAUCGCACGUGCGUGAGCGAAACUUAUUUUCUAUUUCAUUUUACUAGAUUUUAGUUUCACGGAAUAAGUAUUUAUGAGAUUCUUGAAACUAUCUCAUCAUGAGUGAAUCAGAUUCCGCGGAAGAUGCGGAAAUCAAACCUGAAGAAAGUUCGGUCACUUUUAAAGAUCUGGGCGUAGUAGAUGUGUUAUGUGAAGCUUGUGAGAAAUUACAAUGGAAAGCACCUACGAAAAUUCAAAGAGAAACGAUACCACUUGCACUACAAGGGAAAGAUGUUAUUGGCCUGGCAGAAACAGGAUCCGGCAAAACAGCUGCGUUUGUUAUUCCAAUUCUACAAGCUUUAUUGGAAAAUCCUCAAAGAUACUUUGCUGUAGUCCUUACUCCCACGAGAGAAUUAGCUUUUCAGAUCUCGGAACAAUUUGAAGCUUUGGGUGCUAACAUCGGUGUAAAAUGUGCUGUUAUUGUUGGUGGAAUGGAUAUGAUGUCGCAGUCCUUGAUGUUGAGCAAAAAACCACACGUUAUAAUCGCCACUCCUGGACGUUUAGUCGAUCACUUACAGAACACGAAAGGGUUCAGCUUACGGUCUUUACGAUUUUUGGUGAUGGACGAAGCUGAUCGUAUUUUGAAUAUGGAUUUCGAAGCAGAAGUCAACACCAUUUUGAAAGCAAUUCCUAGAGAAAGACGAACGUUUUUAUUUUCGGCUACGAUGACGAAAAAAGUUCAAAAAUUACAAAGAGCUUCUCUACAAGAUCCUGUCAAAAUUGAAGUUAGUACGAAAUACCAAACUGUUGAUCAGUUGCAACAAUACUACAUUUUCAUACCUCAGAAGUACAAGGACGUAUAUCUUGUAUACCUGCUAAACGAAUUAGCUGGCAAUUCGUUCAUGAUAUUCUGCUCUACAUGUAGUGGAACAUUGAGAACAGCGUUGACAUUAAGAAAUCUCGGAUUAUCUGCCAUACCACUGCAUGGACAAAUGUCUCAAAAUAAACGUUUAGCUGCCUUGACUAAAUUUAGAGCGAAAUCUAGAUCUAUUUUAAUAUCAACUGAUGUCGCAAGCAGAGGAUUAGAUAUACCUCACGUUGACGUGGUGAUUAAUUUAGAUAUUCCGACUAAUAGUAAAGAUUACAUUCAUAGAGUCGGUAGAACUGCCAGAGCUGGUCGUUCCGGCAAAGCUAUUACUAUUGUUACCCAAUACGAUGUGGAAUUGUAUCAACGAAUAGAACAAUUAAUUGGAAAAAAAUUACCCUUGUAUACGACCGUAGAGCAAGAUGUAUUAUGUUUACAAGAGAGAGUAGCGGAAGCUCGACGAACUGCUGCAGUGAGUAUCAAAGAACUUGGCGAUACAUCCAAAAAGAAACGUAGAAGAGUAGACCUGGAUGACGACGAUGAUAUGGAAGGAGCUUCUGGAGUACGUAAACGUAUAAAAGGUAAACCUGGCGAUUAUAAAAAGAAAUUCAAAAACAAGAAGAGGAAGUGAUUUUUUAACGGUUGUUAUGUGUGACUUUUUUAAAAUACGUAUUAAAUACACUGUCAUUCCUAUUUUGAA